CGGCGUUUUAUAAUAAAAAAACAAAAAACGCCUGACUGUGAGUGCCAUCUCAGACUAUUAAAAUUGGGGUACAACUUUGAUAACGUCGAAUUCACAACUUCUGAUUACGACGUUUAUGGCACGCAAUUUGAUCCAAAAAUAGUCAAGUCGUUUGCCACUGUCAAACCCCUCGAGUGCAUUAUCUUUGAAAAUGUCCCUCUUUUUAAAGCACUUUUGUGGGAAUUCAAAAUUAAGUCAGAAAAUUUGGUAUUUCCAGAUCAAGUCAAUGAAAUGUCUGAAUACUGUUUGGACGGCUCUUCACUUCAUUCCGUCCACAUUUUGAACAUGAAAGUCGUUGAAAAAGGUGCAUUUGAGAAUUGCAAAUAUCUCAGUCAAGUUGUCUUACCAAGCAAUUUGGAAGUUAUAAAGAAGUUGGCAUUUUCAAAUUGCGUCACUUUGAAGGAAGUUGUGAUCCCCAAAAGUGUCACGGAAAUUGGGGAAGGCGCUUUUGAAAAGUGUGUGUCACUCACAAAAGUUUUGUGUGACAAUGAAGCUGUGAAAUAUGGAACAAAGUGCUUUGCUCAUUGUGUGUCACUGAAAGACGUUCCAGUAAUUUCAAAUGUUGGCAACGCGAUUUUCUUUGCCUGCAAAUCUCUUGAAAAAGUGACUUUAAGUUGCAAAUGCACUGCAAUUAGCGUUUUUGCAUUUUUCAAGUGCAAUGCACUUUCAUCAAUUGAGGUCCCACACAGUGUCACAAAAAUUGGAGCUUUUGCGUUUAGAAAGUGCGCAUCACUCAGACACGUUGAUAUUCCAGAAAGUGUUUUGAGUGUUGAAAAUGGUGCUUUUUACGACUGUAAAGCACUUGAAAGUGUUAUUUGUCACAACACUUUAAU